GGUGCCUGGCCCAAGGACGUGGGCAUCCUGGCGCUGGAGGUGUACUUCCCCGCCCAGUACGUGGAGCAGGAGGAGCUGGAGCGGUACGAUGGCGUGGAGGCCGGCAAGUACACGCGGGGCUUGGGCCAGCAGCAAAUGGGCUUCUGCGCUGCCCAUGAGGACAUCAACUCCCUGUGCCUGACGGUGGUGCAGCGGAUGGGGGAGGGAAACCCUGACGUGGAGGGCAUCGACGCCACCAACGCCUGCUAUGGGGGCGCGGCCUCACUCUUCAAUGCGGCCGCCUGGGUGGAGUCCAGCGCCUGGGACGGUCGCUACGCUGUGGUGGUGUGCGGGGACAUUGCUGUCUACGCCACGGGGAACGCGCGACCCACGGGAGGUGCUGGUGCCAUCGCCAUGCUGGUGGGACCCAACGCCCCGCUGGUGCUGGAGAGAGGUCAGUGCCAUGUGACCCCAGGGGUGACGAGCUGAUGGGUGCCACUCCUGGGGGCUGUACAUCCACGGCCCAGCCCCGGAUGGAGCUGCUCAGCUCUGGCACCACCAGUUCUGCCAGCCCCAGUGGCUGCCCGGCGCUGGAGCGCGAAGUGCGAGUGGCAGCGGGCUGGCAUCCAGCGGCCCUUCACCCUCGACGACUUCAAGUUCAUCAUCUUCCACACACCCUUCUGCAAGCUGGUGCAGAAGUCAGUGGGGCGGCUGCUGCUGAACGACUUCCUGGCCGCCCCCCACCCCGACACGGCGGCCGGGGUCCGAGCCGGCCUCUCUGUGGACAGUGGUGUGAAGCUGGAGGACACCUACACCAGCAAGGAGGUGGAGAAGGCGUUCCAGGCGGCCAGCCAGGAGAUCUUCAACCAGAAGACUAAGCCCUCUCUGCUCCUCUCCUCC